AUGCCUUACCACAACCGAUUCCUUUCAGAUGCAAGCUCUCCCACCAACUCGCUCGCUGCAAGAAGGUAUGUUCUGCUCGUCGUCCCACACGACGUCCACGUCUUUCUUACAACAGCGUCUCCCCUAGUCGAGGCCAUUCUCUGCGCCGGCGGAAACCUCCACGCCCUCGACACCGUCCUCGUCGAUGGCAGGCUUCAACGCGUCUACAAAAACCUGUGGCCCUCCCUGCGCGAAUUUUGGCUUGCAGCCGUCGCCAACUAUGCCCAGGACACCUACAUCGUCUAUGAGGAUCAGCGUUUAACCUACGCCCAGGUACAUGAUCACGUCCUUAAGGUGGCCGAGAUUCUCCGUCGUGUUUUCGCUAUCCAGAAAGGUGAUAGGAUAGGCAUUUGCUCCCGCAACUGCCCAGAGUUUCUCAUUGUCUUCUGGGCCUGUCAUCUCAUAGGCGCCGUAGCGGUCCUUGCCAACGCAUGGCUGCCAAUCGGUCCUCUACGUCAUUGUCUCGUUCAUACUGGUUGCAAGCUCGUCUUUCUCGACAGCGAGCGCGCCAUUCUUCUACAGCCUCUGAUCCUCGACGAAGCUGUCCGAUGGGAUAGCCAGUUCGUCGUUAUCUCCCCGCCGCAGACUAGGUUCGAAGGCAUGCAUUCAUUUCAUGACAUCCUAAAUACUGUCCUCCCCACUUCAACCGUCGACGAUCUGCGAAGCGAUAUCGACAUCGAGCCAGAAGACAAUGCAACCAUAAUCUUCACCUCUGGAACGACAGGAUUGCCCAAAGGUGUUUUAAGCACUCAACGUCAAUUCUUAACCAACGUCUUGAAUGUUCUAGUGGGUGGGUUCCGGGCUGCUCUAAGGCGCGGUGAAGACCUUCCUUCGCCCAUGACCAAAUCAUGUCCACAAAAAGCCGCCCUUGUGGCGGUACCGCUAUUCCAUGUUACCGGAUCGACUUCAUACUCGAUGAUGGCUACUAUGACUGGCAUGAAAAUCGUUCUAAUGAGGAAAUGGGACGUCGAGGAAGGCGUCAGGCUUAUCCGGCGAGAGAAUGUAACCGUAGCAGGAGGGGUCCCCUCUAUGGUGUCGGACCUGAUAGAAAGUUCUUUGGUUGGCCAUAAACUAGAAGGACUACUAUUCGGCGGCGCUCCUGCGCCCGAUUCGCUGGUCCCGAGGGCACGUAAAGCUUUCCCAAGUGCAACUAUGAUCCAAGGAUACGGGCUUACAGAGACAAAUUCAAUAGCCGUCUCCGCCGCUGGUGAAGACUAUAUUCUCAGACCCACAAGCACAGGAAGAGCUUCUCCGGUGAAUGACAUCCAGAUUGUUCACAACGGAGUCAGCGUGCCGCCUGGUUCCGUCGGAGAAGUGUGGCUGCGCGGACCUAAUGUAAUGAAAGGCUAUUGGCGCGAUCCUGAUGCGACGCAGAAGGUGAUAACCGCGGAUGGAUGGUUGAAGACGGGGGAUCUUGGCUACCUAGACGAAGAGGGGUUCCUCUACAUCAAGGACAGAAUUAAAGAUAUAAUUAUAAGAGGAGGAGAGAAUAUCGAUUCCGUGUCUGUGGAGAAUGCGCUGUAUGCUGAUCCGAGGGUUCAUGAAGCGGCCGCGGUUGGAGUACCAGACGAACGUCUAGGAGAGCUGGUGGCUGCUGUUGUGUCAAUAAAGCCAGUGUUCCAAUCGAGCAUUACCGAGGGUGCACUUAUCUCUCAGGUUCGCACUAGACUCCCUCGGUACGCGGUCCCAGUGAUGAUAGUUAUGCACAACAUGCCGUUUGAGAGGACCCCUUCAGGCAAAAUUAUUAAAGGGGAGCUGAGGAAGCUUGCCAAACGCCAUUGGGAGCUUCGACAGGCGAAUGGGACAGCAGGUCGGGAACCACUGGCGAACCUGUAA